AUGUCCUCCGCUGAUAAGAGCGAACAUCCAUCCAAACGGCAACGUACAGAACCAAGUGGGCAUACAUAUGAGUCAGACGUCGGACUCUUGGCUUACGUGCAUCCGGGCUGGCGACCCGUUCAUGCCAUCAUAAAGCAGCGGUAUGCCGACUUUAUUGUCCAUGAGCUAGCGGCAGAUGGUCGCAUGGUGAGCAUCACCAGCCUAGAUCCUCCACCGGUCUGGGAAUCGAAGAAGCCACAGGGUUCCUGGGAUGACCUGCGCGACUUUUUUGGCGACCGACUGCCUGAUGUCCAGGCUGGAUGUCUGCAGGGCCCUGUCGACUCCUGUGCCUUGACAGACAAGUCGCAUCGAACGCACAUUCACCGCCUCCUCCGUGCCUUGACGGGCGAUCGUCUCAUUUCUGAGACCAUCCAGGUGCCUGAGGGCUCUGCUGUGCGUGUACAGCAGAACACGUCGCGGCGGUCCUCCCGCGACGACCCUGAUUCAGAGUCUGCUGCAGCGCCACCAUACAUUCACUUUACUUUGCAAAAGACGAACCGGGAUAGCCAAGAGGCACUGCAAUGGCUCGCACGCUUCCUUAAGCUAGAUCACCGGGGGCGCGCCUCUUCUGUCAAUGCGCUCAGUGUGGCUGGCACCAAGGACAAGCGCGCCGUGACCGUCCAACGAGUGGCUCUACAGCGGGGACGUCGGACGCUGCGUGAAGUGUGGGACAGAGUCAAUCAUAUUGGGCAGCCGAUCAGCAGUGAUCCGGGCCAAAAGCAGCGCCGGACCGUGCACGAUGCUGUCACGACGCGUGCCGAGCGUGGUUUGCGUAUUGCGCACCUUUCCUACGCAGAUGCGCCACUUCAGUUCGGCAUGUUACGCGGCAAUCACUUUACCAUAACGCUGCGCGAUGUCCGCUGGACUGAUACAGCCACGCCCAGUGAUGAUAUUCAACGCAUCCUCGGCGAACAUGUCCGCGAUCUCGAGGCGCAUGGAUUCAUCAAUUACUUUGGCAUGCAGCGUUUCGGCACGGGUCUUGUAUCCACGCACCAAGUGGGCAUCGCUGUGCUGCGCAAAGACUUCCGAGAGGCACUCCGCCUGGUGCUAGAGGCCGGUGCCCUUCACGGUGAUGCGGACGAGGAGGAUGCACCCCCCGCUGUGCUUGCGACGCGACAGGCUCAAGCAGCCGUGGCGGAAAAACAGUAUGAAGAUGCCUACCGCUUGAUGCCCAAGAAAGGCGUGGCGGAGCGCGCUGUGCUGGAAAAAAUGAAGAUGCCCGGCUGGUCGCCCAACGAUGCACUGGGUCCUUUCCAAAACAUACCUCGCUCUCUCCGUCUCAUGUACGUCCAUGCGUACCAAUCCUACCUCUGGAACAGGUUGGUGUCCGAACGUGUGGCACGUUUCGGUGCAUUGUCCCCUGUCGUGGGUGAUUUGGUGCAGCAUUCAGACGACUCGAUCCACGUCCUCGAUGCAGAGACUGUCUCGCAGCAUUCGAUGGAUGACGUCGUCAUGCCCAUGCCAGGCGCUGAUGUGCAUCUUCCGCAGGACGGAUGGCUAGAGCAAUUGUACAAGGACAUGCUUCAACAAGACGGCCUGACACCCGACUCUCUUUCAUCCUCGCAUCAACCAGAGUACCGCCUCAAAGGCGCGUACCGACGCCUCAUUCACAAGCCGCGCAACUUGCGGUGCGAAUUCCUUACGUAUGCCGAUGCGAAUGCGCCGCUCUGUGCAACAGACGAAGAGGCUCUUUUGGGCGUUGCCAUACCCACGCAGAGCGAGGCGCCAUACUUGGCGAUGAAGCUUUCCUUUGAGCUUCCGCCCUCGUCCUACGCCACUGUUAUGCUGCGCGAGAUCUUGCGGACCGAUACCAGCGCGCAUGUUCACAAGGAACUCACGAAACAGUCCACGGCUUAG